UAUUUUAUAAAUUAUUGUAUAAUCUGUGAUAAGGGCAAAGUGGGUGUAUUUCCAAAUAUAUUAAGUGUUUAAUCUAUGUGUAUUUCGGUCUGAAAGGAAUAUUAUUUACAUUGCCAAGCUUUCAAAUGUAACAUAACAUGUGUAUUAUAGUGGAAUGAUUUGAGAAUAAUGUAUAGUUAAUAGGUUUUUGAAACAAGCAAGGUCUCAAUAAUGUCUGCAGUGGGCGAACCUGUGCUUAAUAUAAUUGUUGUAGGCUUUCAUCACAAGAAGGGAUGUCAGGUGGAACAUUGUUAUCCUGAGGUUAUACCUGGUCAUCCGAAUGAGCUACCAGCAAGUUGGCGACAUUUGCCUGCUCUAGCUUUGCCUGAUGGCUCUCACAAUUACCAUUCGGACACAAUAUUUUUUAAUUUACCCGGACUCACAGAACCUGCUCACACUGUAUAUGGAAUUUCAUGUUUUAGACAAAUCCCUAUUGAGCAAGUGACUCAAAAGACAGAGGAUAUGACUAGAAGUUCAGUACAAAAGAGUGUUUGUGUAAUAUGUCGAGCUCCAUUAUUCGGUCGGCUUGCCGUGAAGAUGGAGCUGGUAGUGAGGGCAUGGUUUCUACAAGGUGACUUUUCACAGACAACACUCCUUGAAGAUGCAUACAAACAUUUAAAUAGUUGUCCUAUUCAAACAGAUCAAAUUCUUGAAGGUUUAUCAGUACAGCGAUUGGUUGAAAACUGGAGGCACAAAGCAUUGUUGUUAUUUAAACUUCUGUUAAUAAAACGUAAGGUUCUAAUUUAUGGAUCACCAGCUGGCCCAUUGUCAACUGUAUUACUUACACUUGUGUCAUUGCUUCCAAAAUGUAUAGAGAGUGGCCUUUCAAAAGCUGCAAAUGUAGUAUUAUCAAGACCUUUAUCUCCAAUACCUAUUUUAAUAGAUAAUAAAAUAGAAGAUGCCAUUGAUGAUAGCUGUGAAAUUUUUCCUGAAUCACUAUUAAAUGGUUCAAGUCAAGUAGAGGAAUUAACACCUAAAGAAUCUGGAAAUAUUUUGGAUGAAAAAGACAGGGUCAGUAGACAAAGUUUUGAUGAGGCUAUCUUAACAGAUGUGACCGAUAGACAAGAAUUUUCUACCAGAGAUAAGUGCCAUAGUAUUGGUGAAAAAUACAAGGUUCAAAAACCUGUGAUAGAUGCACAGCAAAGUCCCACUAUGGCUAGAGACAUGAGCGUUGAUGGAUUACACAGUUUAACUGGUCAAAUUGAUCAAGAAGAAUGUGGAUUUCCAUUUCCACUGUUUGAAGAUGGCUAUCUAUGUUUACCGUACUUAUCAUUGCAGUACUUAGACAUUUUAUCAGAUCCUGCUGUUCAUGGUUUCGUUGUCGGUGCAUCUAAUGUAUUAUUUAAGCAGAAGAGGCAGCUUUUUGAUGUACUUGUAGAGUUAAAUGAAAUGAGAAUAGAAACGGCAGAUAUGUUGCUCAGAAGGCAGUUGGCUCUUGGAACUGAGGAUCUCAGAUUUGCUGAUCACGUUGUUCGUCAUGGCGCAACUCAGGGCGAUGCAUGGAUUAGAGAUCAAUUUGCAAGUUACUUGAUAUAUAUGUUAAGGACAUCUAUUUUGCCAGAAGGUAGUAGAGAGAUAGACAUGUUCAAUGCUCAAUAUAUGGCUGCUUUUAAGUCUACACCGGGCUACGAAAAGUGGUUGAAGAAUACUAAUAAUGGUGAUGUCGAAGCUUUCAUGAACCUUAUUCCUAUGCAUCCAUUUUCUGGCCAACUCUCUGUAGCUGAUAUGAAGUUGAAGUUGGCACAUACGAUGUCGACGACGGAAGGCGGCAGGAAGGUGACGGCCGCGGUGGCGAGCACGUCCCGCGCGGUGGGCGGCGCGCUCUCGCAGGCGCGCGGCGCCCUCUCGGGCUGGUGGAGUGCGCUAACUGCCCCCCCGCCGCCACCGCCCCCGCCCCCCUCACCGCCGACCUCGCUCACUCCCGACCCGCCCGACGACCCCACAGACGCUACUGACAUCACUGUGGUUUGAUUCAUUCGUUCGAAGAUCGCGACCGAGUCGUACGGCGUCACGGAGGGGCCACCUCAUCAAAAUAAUAUAAAAAUCUGAUACGAAUCAUCGUCUGCACAAAAAAUGAAACAGCAGCAAUACAUAAUAUCAACCAAAAAGUAAUCGAUCUGAAGGUUGCCAAAAAUGUUAUAAUAAAUAUACUCUUGCAGGUAAAGGUAAACUUCAACUUUCAAGCGUAUUUUAAGAUCGUUAUCGUCCCUCUUGAAAUAUUCGUGAAACACACGCUUGUGGUUCGAUCAUCGCUCUUUACUUCGUGUGGUACUGUCGCGUAGUUACGCUGUCGGUUAAUCGUUCUGCAAAUAAUUUAAUUUCGCUGGAGUGUAGUCGUUUUCGUGAGAUUAAUUAAUGUGUAAUCGUGAUACUUAAUUAUGCACUUGUUAUUGCACAAAAAAAUAUUAUUAUAUUAUAAGUUAUAAAUGUUAUGCGUGUGAGAUCGGAAUGUGGUUAAAUCUGAUUUUUGUGUAACCUUUAUUAAAUGUGUUUCGUAAUUUAGUCUCCCGAUCUCCAAUAAGGCUGUAUUAAUUGUGUGUUAUUAAUUUUAUUUAUUUUAUGCAAUCGAAACAAUAAUAGUGGAUGUGCUAAUUUUUAUUUAUUUUAUGUAAUCUGUUAAAUAGAUUUAUUACUGUCCACAUAACCUAAUAAAUAUUCACAAUGCGGCCGUUUAAUGUUUUCGUGAAAAUUCAUACAUACUGCAUCUACCAUGUUUGGUGUUAAAAAUAUUUUACCAUAAUUCUUACCAAUCGAAAGAGCUAUGGUUCGAACGCGAUUUAAACCCUGUCCCUGUCGCGCCAUGCAACUACACUUUGUAUACUGUGUGCUUAGUGCGAGAUUUUAAACGUUCUCGAUAGCGUAAAAGUUAACUCAAUUGUGUAUGGAGCCGGACCAGCGCCCCUAGCGGCAAACGUAGGAAAACCUUCCAACUCCAAACAAAUUUGAGUUAACUUUUACGCUAUCGAGAACGUUAAAAAACUCGCACUAAGCACGCAGUACUUGGAACCGCGUUCAUCGACCCCCCAGUUAUGUUUGAGUCAAGUUGCAUGUCCGCAGUACAUAAUGUCAAAACCAAACUUGUAUUAGUAACCUGAUAUUGUUUUCUAGUAAGAUUAGAGUAGUAGUAGUACUUUAUUCCGUUGGGGCUUCGGGAACGGGUGCAAUAUUUCUCGUGCUCAAGAACUGAAGUAAUAGUUUUUUUUUCUUAAGAGGGAAGGUACAAAUUUUAAACAAUACGACUUUACAUAAAAUAAUUGAAUAAUAGGAACAAUAACUGGAUAUACUCAAAGGAGAUUUGUCGAUAAACACUUGAAUUCUGAAGCCAAGAGUAGUUUUUAAAAAACGGAAAAAUGCAUUUUAUUUUUCGUGACAUCGGGAGAGAUGUCAAAAUGCUCUAAUGCAUACACUGUUGUUAACAAAACCCAUCUUUGAAAUAUUAAUUUCUACUUGAUUUGACGACUUAAUUUGAUGCUGUUGUUUAGAAUUGAUUAAUGCGUCUUAAAAUAAUGUAAUGAAAAUAUUAAAUUGGAUAAUUCUUCAUAACACAAAACUGCUAAUUUAUUGAAAUAUGAAUGUGCUAUUAAAAAGUAAUCAUCUUAAAAAUCUUUAAAACCGGACUUUAAAAUCCGGCACAAAUUAUAGUUUUCGUAUCGGUUAUUCAAUAAUUUUUCGGAAUUUCGAUGCAACAACAUCCACAAACAAUUUGAAUACAAAUGAACAGUAUGCAAGAGCGUGCUGUCACUCCUCCUGUUCUUCCUUUAUCUUCCCCUCCGUCUCAGUUCGAUAUAAAAAAUAUCUUAAGAGUUUUGAUACAAAAAUCGAAUGCAGAAAGUCGCCAAAUUGCCUAGCUAUCCAUGGUCGUACGGCUAUGAAGCAUCGGUGCAGAUUGCAAAAUCGCUGAAGCUAAAAGUAUCGUAUUGCACGUCUUGGCCGAUAUGACGUGUCACCAAGUGCGUUUGUCUGUUCAGACUGAGUAUUAAAAUUUAUUCCUUAGGAUUACAUACAAAAAAAAAAAAGUGGAACCGUGCUCUCUAAUGUUUGUACUCUAUUUAUACGUAUUUGUUAUAGAUGAGAGAGUAAAUACUUAAUGUACCUUGCGUUGGUACUUGCCAAUUUUCAUGCAUACACUGCAAAGUUUGGAUGUAGUUGUGGAUAUACAAUAAAAAUAGUAGAAAAUA